GGCCGCCAGCAGCCCCGGCGCCCCCCGCCCCGCUCGGUGGCGGCGCCCGCGCCGCGCGUCCCCACGCUCUUCCGGCGCUCCGCUGCGGGGCUGCGCUCGCUCGUGCCGGUGGAUGCUGCGCCUGUCCGAGCGGAACAUGAAGCUGCUCUUCGCCGCCACCCUCAUCGCGGGCUCCGUCUUCUUCCUGCUGCUGCCAGGACCCUCCGUGGCCGAUGAGAAGAAGAAGGGGCCCAAAGUCACCGUCAAGGUGUACUUUGAUCUACGAAUUGGAGAUGAAGAUGUAGGCCGGGUGGUCUUCGGUCUCUUUGGAAAGACUGUUCCAAAAACAGUGGAUAAUUUUGUGGCCUUAGCUACAGGCGAGAAAGGAUUUGGCUACAAAAACAGCAAAUUCCAUCGUGUGAUCAAGGACUUCAUGAUCCAGGGUGGAGACUUCACCAGGGGAGAUGGCACAGGAGGAAAGAGCAUCUAUGGUGAACGCUUCCCUGAUGAGAACUUCAAGCUGAAGCAUUAUGGGCCUGGCUGGGUGAGCAUGGCCAAUGCAGGCAAAGACACCAAUGGUUCCCAGUUCUUCAUCACUACAGUCAAGACGGCCUGGCUAGACGGCAAGCACGUAGUGUUUGGCAAAGUCCUAGAAGGCAUGGAGGUGGUGCGGAAGGUGGAGAGCACCAAGACAGACAGUCGGGACAAGCCACUGAAGGAUGUGAUCAUCGCAGACUGUGGCAAGAUUGAGGUGGAGAAGCCUUUUGCCAUCGCCAAGGAGUAGGGCCCGAGGGACCUUUCCCUCUGAGCGACCAUCUGUGCAGGCCCUGUUGCCUUCCUGGGGGUGAAGACAGUCCGCCACAGGGCUCCGUGCUGCACUGGCCCUAGUGCUGGCACCUGAUGGAGCGGACCCACAACCCUCACAUUCCACAGGCCCGGGCCCAGUUUUGUAACAAACUCCUACCAAUGCUGACCAAUAAAGAAAUGGAUUUUUUAUAA